CUCAUUCUCCGCCAACGACACCCAAAGAACCUUAAUCAAUUAUACUUAUUUACAACCUUUCCGUCAACCAAAGCCGCGAAAUUGCUUGUAAAUAUGCCGAAAGCGCCACCUUAUAUCACUCUUAAACGACGUUUAACGGCAUCUCCGUACCCUUCAAUUAACAGUCCUGACACGCCACCCGAAGAGAACGGUUCGAGACCUCGCUGUAACCUCAUCCAAGAUUGGUUUUCCCGUUGCGAUACAGAUCAAGAAAGCAUCAAAUCUAACAGUAUGUCUGAAAUCAUGUCUAUUGAACCAGCUUCGGAGGUCCAAAGCGCAUUGGCCUUUCAGACCAGAGCAGAAUAUCCAUCAACCGCUGGGUAUCGAGUUCUUGUUCUUGGUCGUAACAAGAUUCAGAUGAUCCAAAUGGAUGACAGGUCUACUUAUAUCCCAACAUGGAUCCGGGAGUUCGUCAAGCGUAUUGCCGUUACUCAGACAGACGAACAUAAUCAAACGACUAAAGAGAUUAAGCAAUUAUAUAUAGCCAUAAUAAGGCAGUUGAAUGCCGACGACGAAGACACGAUGGGGUCUAUCUAUGACCAUAUCUUGGCUGGCCUGCUGUUGCAAAAAUCGACCCCGUGGGAAAAUACUUUCCUAUGUUCAGAUUUACAGUUCGGCCUCAAAUCUCUCGUCGACGAUAUGCCCGGGCCGCUCAUGAUGGCCAUCCCAAAGCCCGCCAUGACUGUCGGAUACAACUACCACCAAUUGAAAAAUAUACCCUCGUACGACACUACCCAUAAAAGCUGGACUGUGGACAACAAGAACACGAUGUGGCUACCUUACUUGGUAGUGGAAAUAAACGAGGAUAUGAACGAGUGCGCCACUGUGAACCGACUCCUUGGCACCGCCUCAGCAUGCCUCAACGUAAACAGAAGGGUAAUUACCCAGAAUAACAUUGUCUUCAGCCUUCUUUUGCAACGCAGCCAAGCAAUCCUAUAUGUUACUUGGUAUGACUCGGGGCACUACAGGACUAGGAUAGUGAAAAGCUUCACAUUGAUUGAACAGACGCACUUCCUCAUUUUGCGACGUUAUAUUUAUAACAUCAUCAAGUGGGGAUCAACCCGAAGACUCCAGCAUAUACAUCAAGUAAUAUUCAGCGGGAAUGUGCCAGAGCCAGCAGAAUCAUCCCCGCCGACCCCACCAGCACCAGCGAUGCCGCGAACUAUGCCCCCCGCCGGCGCGUAGUGGGCAGCCAACGCCUACGCAAUUGUCGGCAUCGACGCAACUGCAACCACUAUACUAUCAGCGGCCGACACCGUUUGCAACCCCCCAGCCGUUCUUUCUACAACACGUUGAAGAGCCAAUGCAAUAUAACAAUCAGUCUUUUUAUAACGCUCCGUCUGACUUAUUCUUUUCUGGCACAGAUGACUGGGUACAUCUUCUACCUACCGCCGUUUACGAACAACCAACCGUGGCAGUUUGAACAACCGUACAAUGCUAGACCAUCUAGACAGCCUAUACAGCCCUUACCGUUGUAUGGCGUUGGACAACCCGGACGGUCGGUGUCAUUUGGUCAACAAACGGGGGUUCAGUUUGUGCAUCAAGAUGACAAUGAACAGUCUUCUGGCGGAGGCUCCCAGGGAGGAAAGACCCCGUCCCAUUCAGGGAUGACCACCGUAGAAAUGCCGUCACCCGAAAACUCUUAAAGAAAAACCCCGGGACGGCGGACCAUAAGAACAAAUCCGCCAACCCGCCAAUUCAAUUGAUGUAUUGAAAUGUAUAUAGUAUAAUAGCGUAC